GAAGAGGAUGUUGCAGAGGAGGCUGCACAGAGGCUUCGAAACGAACGGGAGGACAGCCUGCGUGAUCAAGGUCUCAAGAUGAUAUAGUGAAGGUGGAGAGGUGCAACCCCCUCCGCCUCCACGGAGGAUGACAAAUUAGUCCCCUGCGUUCAGCAAAAGGAGCGAGAGCAUCGCCCGGAGGAUCCGAUGUUGUCCACAGCUCAGCAGAUGCUGCAGGAUAGCCGCUCCAAGAUCGAGCUGAUCCGACUGCAGAUUAUCAAAGUCACCCAGGCUGGCAGCGGCAGUGAUGGUGGUGACGGAGAUGGAGGCGGAAACCCUGACGGCUCCACUCGCGGAGCGGUCUCUCCGGCCCAUGCGGCGGACGCUCGCCUGGCGGAGCUGCAGCGCCGCAUGCAGAGGGAGGCGGAGGCGCUGGCGCUGGCCAACGGCGUGGUGAAGCAGCUGGAGGGACUCUCAUCAUCGCUGGACCAGGAGGCCCUGGUGGAGGCUCAGUCCCGCGUGCACGAGUCCUCCCAGAAGCUGGAUCUUCUGCGACUGUCUCUGGAGAAAUGCACGACGGAGGAGAACCGGGACCCAGAAGAGGGACCCCCGUCUCCAGGAGACCCUGGACCCGGAUGGCCCCUGUCCACCUCGGCAUCCACCUUCUCUAUGAAACCUGCCUCAUUGACCGGCAAACUUGAAGUCCGACUUCUUGGAUGUGAAGAUUUACUGAAACCUCGGAGCAACUCGGAGCAGGAAACCCAUCUGAGUCCCACUGAGGACAGUUCAGGAGCUCACAGGACGGACUCGGAGAUCAGCGCGGUGCUCCGGCUGGACAGCAGAGUGGUCGGCCGGACGCGCUGGUGCGCCGCCAGCAGGCUGAACUGGGAUCAGACGUUCUGCAUCCAGCUUGAGCGGUCUCGAGAGCUGGAGGUCGCCGUCUUCUGGGGGGACCGCAGGGCGAUGUGUGCGGUGAAGUCCCUGAGGCUGGAGGAGGUGAUGGACGCCCAGAACCACAGCCAGGAGAUCCAUCUGGAGCCACAGGGCCUCCUGUACGCCCAGCUUCAGUUCAUCGACGCGGUGGUUGAGCGGCAGCCGAGACUGAGACGCCAGCGCUGCAUCUUCACCAAGGAGAGAGGGAAGAACUUCCUCCGAGCGGCCCAGAUGAACAUGAACUUUGCCACGUGGGGCCACCUGAUGAUGAGCGUCCUCCCCCGCUACAGCUCCUUCACCACAUUCAGCUCGGCCCUCUCCGCGACCCCCGACCAGCGUCCGGCCCAGAGGGAGCCUGAACGCACCGCUCCGCUGCCGAGCGAAGCUCCAGAAAUCCGACUCGGCGUCUCUGAAGAUCCUCCGUCUCCCGGCGAUGAAGACGAGGCUCCCGUCUUCAUCGCCGCCGCCGCCGCCGCGCACAACACAUCGCUGUUGUCCAUAAACAACACCGACGGAAGUGAAGAUCCGCCUGCAUCUGCUCCAAAGAUGCAGAAGGAGGAUUUCCGGUACAUUUCGGUGCUGGGCCGAGGACACUUUGGGAAGGUCCUGCUGGCCGAGUUCAAGAAGACGGAGAAACUUUACGCCAUCAAAGCCUUGAAGAAGAGAGACGUUGUGACUCGCGACGAAGUGGACAGCCUGAUGAGCGAGAAGAGGAUCUUCGAGAUGAUCAACGCAUCCAGACACCCGUUCCUGGUGAGCCUCCACGGCUGCUUCCAGACCGGCGACCACGUCUGCUUCGUCAUGGAGUAUCUGCCGGGCGGCGACCUCAUGAUCCACAUCCACAACAACGUCUUCAGCGAGGCCCAGACGCGGUUUUAUUCGGCAUGUGUCCUGCUGGGUUUAGAGUUCCUGCAUCUGAAUAAAAUCAUCUAUCGAGACCUGAAGCUGGACAACCUGUUAAUGGAUGCAGAUGGAUUCAUAAAAAUCACAGACUUUGGUCUUUGUAAAGAAGGGAUAGGUCACGGAGAUCGGACCUCCACUUUCUGUGGGACCCCUGAGUUUCUGGCCCCUGAGGUCCUGACGGACGACAACUACACCCGGGCGGUGGACUGGUGGGGGAUGGGCGUCCUCAUCUUCGAGAUGCUCGUCGGAGAGUCUCCGUUCCCCGGUGAGGAUGAGGAGGAGGUGUUCGACAGCAUCGUCAACGAUGACGUGCAGUACCCAGAGUCUCUUCCUCCUGACGUCGUCUGCAUCCUCCAGAAACUGUUGAAGAAGAACCCUCUGAAGCGACUCGGCGCCGGCGAGCGGGACGCCACCGACGUCAAAGGAGAGACGUUCUUUGAGACCAUCGACUGGGAGGCCCUCCUGGCCAAGAAGGCCACGCCUCCGUUCCUGCCGUCCAUCAAAGAGUCGCUGGACGUCGGAAACUUCGACAGCGAGUUCACGCGACUGCAGCCCAUCAUGUCGCCGCCCUCCAAGCCCUUCGUGCUCUCCGCCGAGCAGCAGGACGCCUUCGCAGACUUCGACUUCUGCGCUUUGUACGGACGAAGGUCGAGCUGUGGAGGACGUAGUCCGCCCGCUUCAUCUUCGACGUCUGUCGGGGAGUAACGACGCUCCAUUUAAUUAGUUUAAUUAGAAUUAAAAGAGGAAACGUUGAACGUUGACAAGACUCUUCCAAAAUGAGUCUUUGGUAUUACUUAAACUCCUUUAUUAAGUACUAUUACUGAGCAUUUUGCUCAUUACGACCACAAACGUGGUCAUAACUUUUGAGUUUAUAAACUAAAUCGAGUCAUUAAUUCAAAAGGAAACAUUAAAGGAACAUUUCAAUAUUUUGGGAAAUAGUCAUAUUCACUUUCUUGGCAUAAGUUAGAUGAAAAGAUUGAUACCGGUAAACGUGAGGCUACUGGUUAGCUUAGCUUAGCUUAGCAAUAAGACUGGACCAAUUAGGUGCCAUUUAGCACAUGUAGCUAAGCCCCCGCUAGCUGUUUCCCCCCGUUUCCAGUCUUUGUGCUAAGCUAAGCUAAUCGACUGCUGGCGAAAGCUUAAUAUAUUAUAUUAUAUUUAUAGAGAGGUAUCGAUCUUAUCGUCCACAACCACCACAAAGUGUCAACAUGUUGCAUUAAAAACUAAAUGAUUUGUUAGUUGGAGUCCUAGUUUGUUGGCAAUCAGAUCUUUUGAAAGCCAGAAAGUGGACUUCUAGCCCAAUAAUCAUUUAGCUAUUUGUAUUCAUCCCUUUAUUAAUAGCAGUGGAGGAAGAAUCAGAUCUUUUAGCAAUAAAACAAAGUGGAAUUAGUCCUGCAUUCAAAAUGGUAAUUAAGUAAAGAGUACGAAAAGUAAAAGUAUUAAGCAGAAACUAACUGCAUUUUAAUUAUUCCCUGCCACACAUGAAUCACUUCAAUGUUGCAGCUGUUAAAGGAGGAGCUCAUUUGAAGUACUUUAAAAAAUACGUACAAAAUUAAACUAUAAUAAUACAUCCUAAUUCAUUAGUUGAUUUAUAUUUUUCAUUACUAAUGUGAAUAUAAAGCUGUCAAAUGUAGUAAGUAGCAUGAAAUAGACACACUCAAGUAAAAGUAUCUGAAGCGUAUACUAAAACCCAAAAUUUGAGGAAGAGUCCUCAUUUCCAACUGGUCUUGAAAGCACCGCCGACUAAACAAACUCUUUGAGUGUUUCUGCAGGAGUCUUCAGACCGGACUACAAACAUGGCCGAUUUCACUGACUGUUCAUCGAUCGAUGAACCAGGCAGUAUCUCCAUUUUUUUUGGGGGGGGGUUGAAAAAGAAGCAAUUACAACCCUUCAUAUUGUCACCGGUCGUGUCCAUGAGGUCUGGUUCAGGGGAAAUGGACCAACAGAUGCAGGAUGCUUGAAGAGUUCCUCUCUUUAUCGCCACGUAUUGAUUAUUAAAGUAUAAUUUCAAUACUCCAGGACUGAAUAACUUACAAAUAGCAUUAUUGCCGUCUCUAUGCAUCACUGUGACCGGCUUCGCCCACUGCCUUGACCGCACUAAUGAAACAGUUUCUGCUUACGAGACUUUUUUUUGUUUUUGAAAGCAUUGGAAAUGUUUAAUGUCCUUCCCUCGAGAAGCAAAGACGCUUUCACAUGUCAGUCUGCACCCGGCUGUAGAAACGCAUGGCACCGUGGUGAAACGGGCACUAGGAACCCUGUAAAUGCUAGCUAGCUAU